GCCGCCGCCGCCGCCGCCGCCGCCGCCCCGGGGCCGCGAUGCCGCGGGCGAGCCGCCCCGGGCCCGGCUGGAGCCGGCGGUAGCGCAUGGGCAGCCGCCCGGCCGCGGGCCCCCAUGCUGCGCGCCGCCUUCUCGCCCCUCGGGCUGUGCCUGGCCCUGGCUCUGCUGGCCCAGGGCCGCGGGGCCGCGGGCGGCCGGCCGGGGGGGCCCCGCGGCCGGCCGCGCCGGAGCUACAACCACCUGGAGGGCGACGUGCGCUGGAGGCGCCUCUACUCCUCCACCCACUUCUUCCUGCGCAUCGACGGCGCCGGCAAGGUGGAGGGCACCCGCUGGAAGGAGGCUCCCAGCAACAUCGUGGAGAUCCGCUCGGUGCGUGUGGGUGUCGUUGCCAUCAAGUCUGUGCACACAGGCUUCUACUUGGCCAUGAACAAGAAGGGGAAGCUCUACGGGUCGCGGGCAUACAACCCCAACUGCAAGUUCAAGGAGCGCAUCGAGGAGAAUGGCUACAACACCUACGCCUCGCUGCGCUGGCGGCACCAGGGCCGCCAGAUGUUCCUGUCGCUCAAUGGCAAGGGGGUGCCUCGGCGGGGGGACAAGACGCGGCGCCAGCACCUCUCCACCCACUUCUUGCCCAUGCUCGUCUCCUGACACCUGCUCAUUUUAUAGCCGGGACUUCUUGUUGCUAUUUAUUUUUAAAUGAAAGCACAGGGUGAGGGGGAAACUCCCCUUCCCCGGGCACUGGGAGAUGAAGGAUUCCUACAAGUGCUGCUUCAAGCUAGCAGUGGGUCAUGCUAGAGACACCAGCUCCUGCCUGGAGACCUCAACUCCAUAUAGACCUAUCUUGGGUCACGCUAGGAGACCCUGGCUCCUACCUGGAGACCCUAACUGUACGCAGCCCCUUCUCGAUGGCUGACAGCCCCCGAGUCUCAUGCAGCAGGUCGCAAUGAAAUGGCCCAAAGAUCUACGAACAACCAACUGUACUCAACAUCCCCUCCAAGAGAGUGGAGAGAGCAGAGAGAAACCACAGAGGUGGGAGCAGCCAGAGACUUUGGGGGGCUUUUGAUUUGGUUUUCAGAUGUAUGUGUGCUUAUAUUUAUUGUAUCUUAUAAGGUCCAUGGAAAUUAAAGAGGUAUUUCUUACAGUAA